UGCGUGCACGAGAUCAGCUCGCUUGCUACACAAUUCCGCUAGUUGAUGAGAGACGGGCUAUGUUAGUACGUGGGGUGUCUACCAUGGAAGCGACGAAGGCCUGGCCUGGUGGCUCUUCGGCGUCGAGGGGGGGUGGAUGCCAGUUUGAGUGCGAAAUUGAUGCCCUUGCUGGAUCCCCUGGCUGCUUCCAUCCCAGCCUUUCCGAGAGCUCCCAUCGCUCUCCUCUAUUGCCACUUCUGCUGCUGUAUCUCCGCUCCACCAUGGCGCUUUCCCACUCCGGAACAAGGGAUGAAGAAGUAAGAGAACAUCUACUUAAUGUUUCUGACGAUUUAAGUGGGAGUUCGAACCCCGGGUCAAGUUCGUUCUCGGCGAGUUCCUCUCUAAGGCGUAAAUCAUUCGCUUGUGUCAGCAUCCGGAAUCUUGUUGAGCCCAAGAACUUACUUCUUAAGGGGAUCUCUGUUGAGAUUAGUGGAGGACUAGUGUAUUGCAUCAUUGGGCCAAGUGGAAGCGGAAAGUCAACCUUCUUGAGAGCUAUUAAUCGACUUUGGGAGCCUCCAGCUGAUACCAUCUUUCUCGAUGGGGAGGACAUUGUUAAGAUGGAUGUGUUGACCGUUCGUAGACGGAUUGGGAUGUUGUUUCAAACUCCUAUGCUUUUUGAUGGGACUGUGGCCGAUAAUGUUCGCUACGGGCCAAACCUUCAAGGAAAAACUUUGAUAGACAGCGAAGUUGAAGGGUACCUUGAACAAGCAGAUCUGGAUGCGUCCUUUGUCCACAAACCUGUUGUUGGGCUUUCUGUUGGCCAAGCCCAACGAGUGGCACUCGCCCGAACUCUUGCAAAUAAGCCAGAUGUACUCCUGCUCGAUGAACCGACGAGUGCACUUGACCCGAUUUCUACGCAUCACAUAGAACAGUCGGUAUUGGAGCUCAAGAGAUCAGGGCUGACGGUAAUUAUGGUCUCGCACAGCCUUGAACAAGUGAAACGCAUUGCAGAUCAUGUGUGCCUGGUGGUUGCUGGUGAGCUGCUAGAAGUUUUCAAACCUACCGAGUUGGACUGUGCUAGUCAUCCUCGAGCUCGAGAAUACCUCGAAGCGGCUCAAAGACACUAGGUUCACAAGUUUGCAUCCCUUGGAAGUAAUUCACCGGUGCCUGAAGGUUGUUACUGAACCUGCAUCGGGCUUCCUCUGCACACAUCGCACUAACCUACAAAUCAUUAAAAAACGUAACUCAGUAAUGGAAUAGGAGAAAAUUUAUCGAAUACUUUAAAAGUGAGUUUUGGGUAGAUGGGUUAUAUUAUACAUAUAUAUAUAUAUAUAUAUAUAUAUACUAUAGCAAAUAAUUAGUUGUGUAUGUAGUAAAUAGUAUAAUAAUGUGUUCCUUGGUAAAAAGAUAUGAUCUUUGAUUAUGUCUUUGAGAUUUAUUGAAGAUGUUUUAUCUGAUAAAUUUCAAUUCAAUAUUACACUUUCACAGGCUUACAUGGUA